GUGUGUGUGUAGGGGGAAUUUGUUGAUAGAUAGAACGAGAAAACAGAAACGGUCAGUGCAAAACAACAAAGACGACGCAAACGAAACCAAUUUUAUUUUUCGAACUCAACGCAAAUCAAUUGGCAUUGCUCAUCUGCCUGCGUAGAUUUGUGUUUUUUGUGUGCUCCAACGGCGGAACACUGCAAUAAGACACCGCAAAUAAAAAAGCUACCAUAGUAUCCAGUGGCCAGUGAAAGUGUAACGCGAUAAAUAGAUACAAUCAGAAACAUCCAGCAGCAAUGGCCACAUAUCAGAUGAACUUUAACCAGGACUUUACAUCCCUCUCCGUGCUGAGUCCCACGGGCCUGCGCCUUUACUCGAUUACCAGCCAGGACAAGGUGGAGGAGAUCUUCGCAAAGGACAACACGGAGCAGAUCCGGAUAGUGGAGCGCCUGUUCAACAGCUCGCUGGUGGUGCUGGUCACCGCCCAGAAGCCCAACUGCCUCAAGAUGCUGCACUUCAAGAAGAAGCAGGACAUCUGCAACUGCUUCUACCCGUCGGAGAUCCUGUGCGUCCGCAUGAACCGCCAGCGGCUGGUCGUCUGCCUGGCGGAGAGCAUACACAUCCACGACAUCCGCGACAUGAAGAUCCUGCACUCCAUCGAGAACAUCGCGCCGAACGAGCAGGGCCUCUGCGCCCUCUCCCUCAACUCGCACCUGGCCUUCCCCGUCUGCCAGACGAGCGGCGAGCUGCGCAUCUUCAACGCCAGCAAGCUGCGCACGGGCAUGACGAUCCGGGCCCACGCCACGCCCCUCUCGGCCCUCGCCUUCUCGCCCAGCGGCGCCCUCCUGGCCACCGCCUCAGAGCGUGGCACCGUCAUCCGGGUCUUCUGCGUGAAGAACGGCCAGCGGGUGCAGGAGUUUCGGCGGGGCGUCAGCUGCGUGCGCAUCGCCUCCCUGGUCUUCUCCGCCAGCGGCGACUUCCUCUGCGCCUCCUCCAACACCGAGACGGUCCACGUCUUCAAGAUCGACGCGCGGGCGGUGGAGGCUGUCGAACUGAGGGCGAUAGCGGACGUGGCUGCCAAAUCGGAAACCUCUGCCUCGGAAGCGACUGCAGCCACAGCAGCUGAGGAGGGCCACAAGUCCGCCGCGCCCGCCGCGCCCGCCGCCAGCUGGGGCGGAAUGUUCUCCAAGGCGGUGUCCUCGCUGCUGCUGCCCACUCAAGUGAGCGAGGUCCUGGCCCAGGACCGCUCCUUCGCCACCGUGCAGCUGGCGCAGGGGGGCCUGAGGCACAUGUGCGCCCUGACCCGCGUGCAGAAGGAGCUGCGCCUCCUGAUUGCCUGCGAGGACGGCUUCCUCUACGUGCACGAGUUCUCCGCGGAGCGCGGCGGCGCCUGCAAGCUACUGUCCGUCCACGACCUGCGCGGCGCUCUGGAGGGUGUGAUCGAGCUGCAGCUGAGCGAGAGCGUGCUGAGGUCGCAGAUCAAGGCCACAGGGCCAACGGGCACGACGCAGCCCUCGCUGACGCUGCUGAAGAGCUGUGCGGCCAGUGUGCUCAUCGAGAAUCCGGACCCGAUGCAGGACAACAGCUACGCGGGCAUCCUGAAGGGCGACCAGGCGGAUGCCAUGUCAGAUUCCGCCAAGUUCCGCAAGCUGCGCGACGCCAUCGACACUCCAACGAAGCUCUACGACGAGCGACAGUUUCCGCCCGUGGCAAUUGCCGCCAAGGAUUGACCACGGCGACGAUGCCACAAGGACAUGGUCAUAGUUGAUCGACAGCAGAUGAUUUAGCAGCUCUAGAGAAUUCCACCAGGACAUUACCUUAGAUAAAUCGCCUCAAGCUAAUGUUAUGACAAACCUUCCCUAAGGUGUAACUAGAAGCAAAAUACUCUUCAAAAAAGUAUUUUUAAUUGUAAAAUAUAAGAAUAUCCACUUUUAGUUUCAGUAUGAUUAUGUAUAUACUAAAGUAUCUGUGAAAAAAUAUUUCCCAAAAAAUGCCGAUUCUGUUGUUAAUCUUUUUAACUUAUUUAUGUCCUAGCAUUCAAACAGAUAAUAUCUUAUUCGACUAAUUCAACUCUAUAUUUUUGUAUGAUAUCAAUUUAGCGAUAAGAAUAUAGAAAUAUGUUUAAAUUUAGGUAAAAAGAAUGGAUACGGGGAAGAAAAAAAUGUACCUUAACUGAAUUAAUCAACGUAUUUAACCAGCUUUGCAAAAAUUAUAUACCAUAAAAACAACUUCGUAAAUAUUUAAAAAAAUUUGAAGCCAAAAAAGGAGCAAAAGAAAGUGAAAAUCUUAAGUAUUUCUUUAAAAUAAUUUCAAAUAUUAUUUAAUAGGACAAAAUAAAUACUAGAGAAACUUCGAAUCCAAAAACAUUAAACAAUAUUUACCAUAAUGAUUAAAGUAUGUAUUAUUACGCUGACAUAAAAAUUAAAAACAAAAAAAAAUGUUAAAAGAAAUAUUAAAAAACUGAAAAAAAAAAAAAAAAAUGGAAAAACAAAUAAAAACGAAAAAACCCCA